AUGGCUACCACAACCCCGCGAAGGAUGCUGGUUUUCAAAAUCCGAAAGAGACUGCUUGCAUUGAGUAUCAGUCAACUACAGGUCAUCGCCAGUGCAAUUGAUGACGGAUCGGGGCCGGACGCUGAGGGCCUUAUGGCACUGAGUGAGCCAGAACUGUUUGAUCUGAUUGACGAUUUCUUAAGAAGCGAGAAGCUAAGCGGCAUGGAAGAUGAAGGCAUGUCUCAGAUUCUUCACCUUGACGACAUGCUCGAUCACCUGUUACAAGACACGAAUGAAGAAGAUACGGUGGGGGAAGCGAGAGAAGUCAGUGAGGCUGCACCCCCUCAGGGGGAGGAUACAGACACUCGUCGACGGAUCAGUCCGACUACGGUAUCCAUGGGCUACCACCUGCUACCAUCACCUGGAGAAAGAGACUUUCCCAGCCCUCAACCAACCACAGCCAGAGACGAUAAUGGACCCCCCAGGAACCUUUCCACCACAUCGCCAGUUGAGUCCACCGCCAACAGCGCAGGCCUUCCUGGCCGUGCCAGCCUGUCUUCCAGUGUUGGUGAGCAGGUUGUAAAACUCACUGAUGUAGCUGCUCUGUUUCCACGUAGAGAGUUUAAGAUUUAUGGUGGUCAGAUUUCUGACACCGGGUCUGAAGUGUCCUACAGCAGCCUCUGUAAACAGAUGGAUCAAGGUUUACUGGAAGGGUUUAGUGAGACAGAAGUUAUUCGCACUGUGUUUAAGAUAACUAAACCUGUGAAUGGAGUCCCACUUCAAAUGCUGCUUGACUCAGGGGCUCAGGUGACCAUGGUGGGGAGAGCACGGGUAGAUGAAGCGCUACCCAGUGUUAAUAUACAGCCACUCUCAUCCUUAUUCCCAGACCAACCGCUUGAAGUAUCUGCAGCUAAUGGCACCACGGUUCCGUUCGACGGAUGGGCUUAUGUUGACUUACAGAUACGUAGUAAGAGCCAUGGACACGUUGACAUUCAAGUACCCAUAUUAAUAAGUCAGAGUUGUGUUAAUGGUCCCCUUUUAGGUAGCAAUGUCAUUGCAGAGAUGAUUGAGGAAAACAAAGAACAGGUAGAUAUUGCUGCCAUACUGAAGGAAGCCAUGAGUCUCAGUGAACAAACAGUGGAAACUCUGAUCUCCAUCCUCCAGAUAUUGUCCCCUGAUGAAACACCUUCCCCUUGCCCUGUGCGAGUCGGAAAGAAAGGACUAACAAUCCCUGCUGGUCAAAUCUGUGAGGUGAGGUGCAGAGUCAGAGCAUGGCCACAGAGUGGAACAAUGCUAUUUGAGCCCAGCCUAGAGAACAACUGUCCUGAGGGUUUAGACCCACUUCCUACUUUAGUCAACGUCCCCUCAGGCGCAUCAAAAACUGCGAAAAUCCCCCUUCAGAACUUCACCAAACAUGACAUCUAUCUGCCACAGAGAACCAUAUUGGGCACAAUUGAGGGAAUUAGUGAGGUAAAACCUAUUACCCAUUCUCCCAGCAAUCCGAAGCAGACAAACAGUUUCACUGUUCAAACCUGCUCUGCUCUGAUUAGAGAAAAAUGGCAUCCACCUAUUGAACUGUCACACCUCGAAGAGGAUGAACAAAACAUUGCCAGAGAGAUGUUAUAUGAGGAAUCAGAUGUCUUUGCCAAGGAUGAUGCUGACAUCGGUUGCAUCCCAAAAUUGAAACUCAAAAUCCAGCUUAAUGAUGAGACCCCUGUUCAAAAGCGCUAUAAUGCGAUCCCCAAGCCCCUGUACGGAGAAGUAAAAGAAUAUGUGCGGAAAUUACUUGACCAUGGCUGGAUAAGAAAGUCCACCUCACCGUACUCAUCUCCCGUGGUCUGCGUACGAAAAAAAGAUAAGAGCCUACGUCUGUGUGUCGACUAUAGGGCGUUAAAUCGGAAAACUGUCCCAGACCGUCAUCCGCUGCCGCGCAUUCAGGACCUGCUGGACAACCUGGGGGGCUACUCCUGGUUCUCCAUACUCGACCAGGGCAGUGCUUACCACCAGGGUUUUGUCGAUGAGAGUUCCAGGCACCUGACCGCCUUCAGUACCCCUUGGGGAUUAUAUGAGUGGCUUCGCCUCCCUUUUGGCCUUACCAACGCCCCAGCGGCUUUUCAAAGAUGUAUGGAGGGCGUACUUGAUGGUGUGAGGGACGAAUGCUGCUCCCCGUAUCUGGAUGAUGUACUUUGUUUUUCCAAAUCAUUCAAUGACCACGUGGAGGACUUGAGGCGGGUGCUCCGUCGGCUACGGGAACAUGGCAUUAAGCUACGCCCAAAGAAAUGCGAACUGUUCAGACGACAAGUGUGA